CCUAAAUAAGUAGUUGUACAUUUUUACACAAUGAAAAUAUGCUUAUUGCAAUAUUAAAAGUUUCACUGUUGCAGGAAAUCAAUAAAAAUGAUUGGUUUUGUUCUCAUACUGGCUAUUUUUGGUAAAGUUCAGAAUUUAAAUGAUGCAAGUUGUGGUCAAACUUUUUUUAGUUUUAAUUCAGGUUCUAUAGCUAGUUCUACAAAUGGAAAUUGUGUAUAUAAAAUAGAUGUUUCAUCUCAAUUCCGAUGGGUUCUUUUGGAAUGGACUGAAUUUAGAUUUGAUGCAACAAUGCCUAACUGCAAUGAUGGUGAUUCUGUUGAAGUUUUAACUGGGUGCUCUCAAAAAACCAUUGUAUCUCAAUUCUGUACUCGCAAUAUGAAGCGACUUCCACAUGCCAUAUUUUCAUUUGAAGGAUGUAUUGAGAUUCGUCUUAAACCUAAAAGCCAAAGAUUUUUAAGUAAAUUUCAAGCAAGUUAUCGAUCAUUUCCGCAAGACGAAGUAAUACCUUCAAAGUUUUAUUCAAGCUGCAAUAGUAAUAUUUACAAUUCAGUGGGAGUUGUAUCCAGUCCAAAUUGGCCAUUAACUUAUAACUCUAAGAACAUUUUAACUUCAUUGAAGUGUGAAUGGGACAUUGAAAGUUUUACCAGUAGCCAAGUAUAUAAGUUGAAUUUUAUGGACAUGGAUUUUUAUGGAUCGGAUUAUGUUAAAGUUAAAGGUGAAAAAUCGUCCCAGAUUACUGGUAAAUACGAGUGGAAUAUUUACAAAAAAAGUCAAUUAACUACAAAAUAUUACUCAUUAGAGAUUGAAUUUCAAAAAUCUUUUUUUUCAAGAUCAAAUAAUCGGGGUUUUGUUGUUGGUUUUGUAGCUUAUGAUGAAGCUAUAUCUGUUACUGCUGUAACUUGGAAGUUUAUUGUUGGUGGAGUAUUUGCGCUACUUUUUUUUAUUGUAUUUAUUGCUAUAUGCUGUUUUCGAGCAUAUAAAAGAAGACAAACUAAUACCCAAGUACAAUAUUCAAGUGCACAAUAUGGUACUGUACAACCAGAAUGUUCAGAUUCUUAUCCUAAAGUUCAACCUGGUUAUCCCCAACAAGCUGGCUAUCCCCAACAAGCUGGCUAUCCUCAACAACAACCUGGUUACCCUCAGCAACAAGGUGGCUAUCCUCAGCAACCAUUUGGUGGGUAUCCUCAGCAAGCUGCUUAUCCAACACCAGUUGAAUAUCCAGUCAAACAAGGUUACCCUGUUGAUUUUACACAAUAUCCUCCUCCUACUCAUCAAAAUUUAGCAAACGCCAACAUUCCUCCUCCACCAUAUCCUGGUGUUCAACAACCUCCGUAUCCAGUAGCUCAACAGCCUUAUCCUGGUGCUCAACAACCUUCUAAUCCUGGUGCUCAACAAACGCAUUCUUUCAUACCGCAGUAGCAGAUUUUAUAUACUUUACUCGUUUUAUAUUUUGAUAAAUUAACAUUGUUAUUUUGGCAUUUAUUGUUUGUCUAGAUCCUUAUUUGGCAUAUAUUGUUUGUUUAGUUUUUUUUUUAUUUAUUAUUUUUGUCUAUUUGUUUUGUUUUAAUGGUUUGUUUUAAGCAACUUAGUUUUGGUAAAUUUAUCUUUUUCAUAAUGUUUUGGUUUUUCAAAUUUUUUUUAUUUUAUUUUUAAGAAUGCACUUAUAAAAAUUUUGUAUUAACAUUUUUAAUUGAAUAAAACUAUUUCAUUGACUUACCAUA